AUGUCAGGUCAUCGAGCCUUGGACUGUCGCAAACGCCGAGAAGUGCCUGUUACUAGAGCGACUACGAAGACAGCUGAGCAGCAUGUGAAAGUGCAAGUCUAUCCGCGUCCUGUUACUGGUUAUGUUUGUGGUCAACAAGGGCACGUCGCAUCAGCGUGUCCAGAUCGCCAAAAGAGCGACGAGAAACCGGCUGUCAGCAAUGUCCACCUGCGCGAGCGGAAGCCUGCAAUCGGCACCUUUACUACGUCCACUGGUGAGCUCGUUUCUUUUCUCUUCGAUAGUGGUUCCGCCUGUUCAUUGGUGACUUCAGACUUGGCUAGUAGGCUACCGGGUACGAUGCGUAACGAACUUGUAUAUAUCGCGGGUAUUGGAGAUGACAAUGUAGUGACAUGCGAUUUGCAGAUUCUUAGCCCCAUCAAUGUUGAAGGCACCCAAUUAGAUGUGUUGUUUAAUGUAGUUCCCAACACUGCUAUUAGCGAACCGGUUAUUAUAGGUAGGGGUAUUUUAGACAAGAGUGUCAUUGUCGAGAUUAGUAACGAGCGUAUUCAGUUCUCGCUACGUAGGGAGGUUGACAUUGUAGGAAAAUCGAGUCAAUAUGAUUUUACUAACAUUGAUACAGAUUUACAAGGUUUCAUGCGAAUAGAGUUAGUUGAUCCAAAUAAAACUGUUCAUCGGCGUCCUUAUAGGUUGUCACCGGCGGAGAAAGAAAUAGUUAGAGAUAAAAUACGACAUCUUUUAGAAGCGGGAGUAAUUCAUGAGAGCACGUCACCCUUUGCCAGUUCGAUACUGCUCGUUAAAAAGAAAGAUAACUCUGAUAAAAUGUGCGUAGACUUUCGCGAGCUUAAUGCUAAUACCCGACCAGAACAUUACCCGUUACCGAUAAUCGACGAACAGAUAGAUCGACUUCACGGUGCCCGUUAUUUUUCGUCUUUGGACAUGGCAUCAGGUUAUCACCAAACUCCAAUGGAUCUCGAGGGUGACAACAUAGCUCGUACAGCCUUCGUAACCCCCGAGGGGCAAUAUGAGUUCCUUGCCAUGCCCUUUGGCCUAAGAAGUGCAGCGUCAGUAUAUUAA